CUCUUUUCCCUCCUGUACGUUUGCUUCUCUACAGGGAAAGAGAAACCUGUCUGCAUUCCGGGGAAGGCGCGGGGACCUCAGGUGUAUGUACACCGGAACACGGCUCGAUCGAUCGAUCGCGGGUAGCUUCCUCGUCGCCAAAUGCUCCCAUCGGUGUCGUCUGGUUCUCCCGAGUUUUGUUCUCGUUUUUCUCUUUGAUUGGAAUCCACACAUCUUCUAUGCGACAAUUCUCGUCCGCGCGACGGACGCUCUGUCUCGUUUCCUGCCGCGAAAAGUCCCUCAAUUGCUGCAGACAUCUGCAGGAAAGUACCGGUGUGUCCCAGAAAAUGACUGCUCGAGGGAAAUGCUGGUUGGAGUCGCCAGGCUUCGCACAAACAGGUGAUACCGCUCAGAGCUGGUAAUUGCUUUCAAGUAGACUCGCGCAUUUCGAAAAAGGAGACGAACGAAAAACGGAACCUGCGUGCGCGCGGCUUUGCCGUGUCUCCAGGGGUCCUGAAAAGCAGGCUCUCCUGUCCCAGCGACUUUGGAAUGUUUUACUUUUCGAGGAGCGAUUUUGUCGGUUUUCCUUUAUGGAAGUUGUUUUGUUCUCUGCAGACGGUGAGGCUUCUGUCUCGUCUCCCGUUUGUUUCCGUUUUUUUCGUCUCCGAACACCACCAAUAUCUCCGCGCCUCGUCCUCACGAGGUGACCUCUGUGUGUGUGACCAACGGAGUCACUUGUAUUUCCUUCUUUUCACGUGUUUAGAGUCACUACAGUCUCUUUACCAUUCUCUGUGGUGUCUGCGCCUCUCUCUUUUCUGAGUCGCCGUUCCUCUGCGUCCUCGUGGAUCUCGUCGCGUUCCUCUUCCACUGUUCUCGACACCCCCGGACUCUCCGUUUCUUGUCUGACAGGCCGCCGUUCUUUCCUAUCUCUCCCUGUCAGCAGUGUCUCUCCCCAGACGCCUUGUGUCUCUAACGUCGACCGGCCCCUUUCACCUGGCCGCCUUCGUCUCUGUCUCUCGCUUGUCUCCCGCAUGUUCUUCGCUGCCCUGACACGCGUCUGCUGCUUCCCCGUUGUCUCUCCAGUUGUCCACCCUCUUUCUGCUCCACCUCUCGUCUUCCACUCCUUCUUCUCGCCCCCCGUCUGCUCGAUUGUGGCCCGAUGCUUUCUCAGUUCUACGUUUUGUCCCCGCGGGGGGACUGUCUCAUCACGAAGGACUACCGGAACGACGCUCCCAAGGGCGCCGCAGAGAUUUUCUACAGACAUGUGACUUGCUGGCAAGUGCCUUCUGCCGCGACCUCCGAGUUCUCUGGCGCUGGAGCCUCGGGGAACUCGGGGAAGUCAUCGACAUGCGCACCUCGAGGGAUCCCCUCCGCCGCCCAGGGCAUGCUCGCGAUGAUGAACCGCGGCGGGCUCGGCGCCGCUGGCGAAGCCUCGCCACUGUUUUGCGUCAACGGCAUCACCUUUGCGUUUCUGCGGAGAAGCGGACUCUACUUCGUCCUCACGACUCAGCAGAAUCCGUCGCCGGCCGUCCUCAUCGAACUCCUUCACCGCCUCACCAAGAUCAUUCAGGACUUUUGCGGGGUGCUAAACGAAGAGGCGAUACGGAAGAACUUCGUCAUGAUCUACGAGCUCCUCGAUGAAAUCGUUGACUACGGCUAUCCUCAGCUGACAUCCACAGAGUCCCUGAAGUCUGCAGUCUACUCGGAAGCCAUUCUCGUUGACCCCCCUCCGGUCAAGAGUCAACUCACUUCCAGCUUGUCAACUCUCGCGAACUUGGCGCCGAAAACAAUCCCGAGCAACGCUUCCCACCGACCUGUCGGGGCGACGGCAGGAGAGGCGGGGAGAGGCGCGUCCUUCGGCGGCCGCGGCCCUCGAGGGGCGUCGGCCAAUAUCCGAAGAAGCGAGAUCUUCGUCGACGUUCUCGAGAGACUGACCGUCGUUCUCAGCUCUACAGGGCAGGUGGUCAACGCCUCGCUCGACGGCAGCAUCCAAAUGAAAAGCUACUUGGACGGCAAGUACCUCCUCAAACUCGCGCUCAACGACGACAUUGUUUUCGUCAGCCAGACAACAGGAAGCCCGAAUGGCGCAGGAGGGUCUUCAACUGUCUGGGUAGACGCAUGUAACUUCCACGAAUGUGUGGAUUUGUCUGAAUUCGACGCGCCGCAAAGACUCCUCACCUUCGUCCCGCCCGACGGCGAGUUCGUGCUGAUGAACUACCGGGUGGCACACUGCCAAGCAGUGCCCUUCCGCAUCUUCCCCUCCAUCGAUUGGCGGUGUGGCCAAACAAAGGGCGAAUUGACGGUGAAGGUCAAGGCAGACAUUCCUGAGCAGACCUACGCGGCGACAGUGGCACUGUCUAUUCCUCUUCCCAAGGGCAUCGUCGCUUGCUCUACGGAACUCCUUCCUCCGGUCCCUCUCCAGUCUGCAGAAUUUCUGCCCGCAGAAAAGAGACUCGUUUGGAAUAUUCGCAAGUUUCAUGGCGGAGCAGAGAUGAUCAUGCGAGCGCGAUUCACGUCGUCAUCACCGGUGACAGCGUCUGCAGCGUACCGCAAGGAAUUCGGUCCAAUCAGCAUGACGUUCGAGAUCCCGAUGUUCAAUGUGUCAAAUCUGCAGGUGCGCUACCUGCGGAUCGCCGAGAAGAACGGAGUCGCGAGUCCAUUCCGCUGGGUCCGCUAUGUCACCCAGUCUUCCUCGUACAUUUGCCGGGUGUGAUUCUUUUCUAUCCUUUUUCAAGCUUCUUGGACCAUGUGGAAUCUUUGGACCGAAAUAUAAGUGUUCAGAACUUCUUGCUGGUCCACAGAACGCUCAGGAAUGUCAAUAUGUGCAGGCGUGUUGGUUACGAUUUCCCACACCUCUAGCCACCGACUUCUAAAAGUGCUUGUUAGCGAAUGAGAAACUUAAAGAUGUGGAUGGAAUCAUCUGUCUGAGAAUUGUUUUUGGAAUGGCACAACGUCGCACGCAGUCACGCGUUCAUCUUUGCCAUGCGGUACGUAUGCGCUUGUCGGCUACUCUCUGUUUUUUGUUCACCAAGUGUCAUUUCCACACCGGUUAUGUUCUAGGCGUAAUAGAUGGAUUAUGGUUAUUGCUCGUAUUAACCGCUAGAGAAAACUCCUCCUCAAAUGCUAG